AUGCCCGCCAAGGAGUCAGUUCCGCUACUCUCUGGGCACGACAGAGAUGAUCACGUUUCCGGAGCUCAAUAUGGCACAAUUGAGCGCCCAGCGAAUGUUCGCGCUCUGACCGAUCGGUGCAGCGAAGGUCCUGACCACUCUGUUGCACUCCCCGUUGCCUUUCUCGCCGUUCCUUCAGUGGGCAAGAUGUCUGGCACGCUUCACCGAGGUCUGUCCUCACGGCAGGUGCAGAUGAUUGCCAUCGCGGGUACCAUAGGCACUGGUCUUUUCCUGGGUACUGGAAGAUCCCUAGCACAAGGCGGUCCGGCGAGCAUGCUCAUAUGCUACGGUUUCGUCAGUAUCAUCGUCUACAUCACGCUCCUUUUGCUGGGAGAAAUGGCCACCCAGUAUCCUGUCGCUGGCCUCGUUGCAUCGAAGGCUUUUAUUCACUAUAUCCGUGUUCUCCUUUCCUAUGAAAACGGACUGCUUUGGCCUAUCGCAUCAUCGAGCAAUCCUCAACCAGCCUUUUCUGAUUGGUCAUUCAAUGCAUACGCCACCCGAUUUUUUUCCCCGUCCUACGGAUUUGCCCUCUCUUGGAAUUACUGGUUUAAUGAUGCCGUGUCGGUGGCUUCCGACCUAACAGCUGCUCAACUGGUACUCGGUUUAUGGAACGUGCCGCAUCCUUGGAUCAUCAGUCUAGUCCUUUGGGUGUUCCUCGUAGGCAUCAACGCCAUUCAUGUAAAGGCAUACGGAGAACUUGGUAUGUCCUUCUCAAUUCAAUGUAUGCGAUGCACAAUCAGAGAUUCAAUGCACAAUCAAAUAGAGUAUUGGCUCUCCUCUUUGAAAGUGGUCACGAUUGUCAUAUUCAUCGUGAUCGGCAUCCUCGUCAACGCCGGCGUCAACCGCGAGCAUCAUUACAUCGGGGGUGAAAAUUGGCGCAUCGCGGGCGCUCCGUUCGUUGGAGGCUUCGGUGGCUUUGCGCGUGUGUUCGUGACCGCCUCGUUCGCAUAUGGGGGAACAGAGAGUCUAGGUAUCACGGCAGGUGAAACAAAGAACCCGGGCAAAAAUAUGCCAAAGGUGGUAAAAUUUGUUUUCUGGCGAAUCUGGCUAUUCUACAUUUUGAGUGUCUUGUUAAUAGGCUUAAAUGUCCCAUGGGACUAUCCCAAUCUCUCCAACAAGAGCACGACAACUUCGCCCUUCACGAUCGUGUUCUACGAAGUCGGUUCUAAUACCGCCGCAUCAUUCAUGAAUGCUGUCAUCCUCACCUCUGUCGUCUCCGCCGGUAAUCACGCAAUGUUUGCGGGCACACGCGUCUUGUAUGGUCUCGCGUCCACCUCUCCAGUGCCUCAAGCACCGCCUAUAUUUGCAUGGACAACACGCAACGGCGUGCCCCUCCUCGCCCUCCUCGCCACGAGCAGUAUCAGCGCAUUGUGUUUCGGCAGCAGUUUCAUUGGCAACGGCGAGCUUUGGGGGUGGCUGCAAAACCUUGUCGGUGUGUCAAACCAGAUCGCAUGGCUUUCGAUCGGUAUCGCAUCGUGGAGAUUCCGGAAAGCAUGGGUCAAGCAAGGACGGCCGCUUGAAGAAAUGAAGUUCCGUGUAGGCUGGACAUGGCCUUGGGGCCCGCCGUUCAUUAUCAUUUCGGUGACUGCUCUCAUCCUCAUCCAAGGCUGGUCCUCGAUCUUUCCUACCUUUUCCGCAGUCGACUUCGUCUCGUUCUACAUCGAGAUCCCAAUCAUGAUCAUCAUGUACCUGUUGUGGACGGUUCUGCAGCGAUCGAAUGCACAGUUAUCAAUCCUUCCCGCUCCAUCCUCGCCUGACCUGGUGAUCCCAAAAGGCCGGUGGUGGUACACUGAUACCGUCGACACUGGUGUUGUGGACCUGCGCCGUGAUGAGUAUGUAGAAGUCGAAGAGGACAGACAUGAAGAAGAACAGCGGGACAGGAGAUUCAAAGGAAGGUUGGGGUAUGGAUGGCGACUGUAUUACCUCGUGGCCUGAGCAGGCCGCCGUGUGCUGCCAGCUCUAUCUUACACGUAGGCGUAUGCACCUGUGCUAAUUAUUUCUUCCGGCCAAAGAUAGCCCGCUGAGCCUAAGGCGAAAGAUCGGUACUUAAAAGGGGACUGGUCAAUAGAUCUGACCAAGCGCGACGGAAAAAUUAUGAUGUGAUCCAUAUGAAUGGGGCAGAGAUCUGUACGAAUGAGUGGAUUGAGGGCGACGUGGUGAGCAAGUGAUUGACAAAGUGACAUAGAACAGCUACUAUCCAGAUGGUAUAAGGUAGUGAAUGUAGAGGAAAGAAAUAAUAAAAGGAGAGUAUAUCAACG